UCAUGUAUCUGUUUCAGAUGACUGUUUGGUGGCAGGCUCUCAUCCUCCUCUGCUGGGUGCUGAACUGUGUGGAGUCCACUUCUCCAUCUCCACUCCUCCAGAGGAACAAAUACAACAACUCUUUUCGUCUCACGAGGUCCACCAGAAACCGUGUCCAGCAGCUGCAGAGGAAAUACAAGGAACAGCGGUUGGGGAAUAAGCACUUUGAGGACAAGAGCUGGCAGUUAGAGGACCUGCCAUCCCUUUCCACAGAUUUCUACAGCUGGCUCAAGCUGACAGUUAGUGUCUUCUUCAUUGUUUCUGAGUAUUUCCACAGAAAAAACUGUUUGGUUGCUUUUCUGCAAAAAGUUUUGAGAGACUGGGAACGACUGCACGCUGCUUUCUGGGACAUGCAAGCCUAUUGGAAUAUGCUGGAUUGGAAGAGAAAACAGCUGGAGAAGGAGGAGAAAGAGCAGAUGGUGGCGCGGGCGGUCGGCACAACUUUACCUCAGAGCAUCAGGCACAUUCAGCUGGACCUGAGGGACCUGAUGAGCCAAGUCAGCAGUCAGAUGAGCUACAUGAGGACCACUUGGACGAAGCCAACAUCACCUACAUCACCCUUAAACGUACAGACCAGAUCCAACACAGUUUGGGACAGCCGAGUGGAAGGUUACGUCAUUCUGAGGGAUCUAGACCUUUACCUCACCAAGCUGGCAAGAGACUUCUUGCUGCUGUCGUUGAAUACACACUCAUAACUCAGUGCUGAAAACAGAAUGCUGGGAUCCUGACAACACAUGCACACAAACAGGCAGCAGGAAGAAAAAGCUGAACUGAUGAUCAGCGCCUAAUUGGGAUAAUAGAUGUGAUGACUUUAAUAAGAGCUUUAUACAAUACGUUACACGGAGCUCUCAUUUUAGGGAAUGUUCAUUAUUUAUGAGAGAAGAGGGGGUGACGCAAAUUGGAAGAAGCAUGUUUUGGUUUUUUGAGUUAUGUUUUUUGAUUUGGCAUACGGGAGUGACAUUCAACUUUAAGUGGUCCUAUUUUGUAUUUAUUUUAAAUACCCUCAAAACCCCAAAACUCGUAGGAGGGUUUAAAAGGCAUGUUUUCUUUAAAAAUCUCCAAAAUCAUAAUAUCUUGUUUAGUUUUUCAUAUAUAUUAAAAAACAACAACAACAAAAAAGUCACAGCCCAGCUACCCCUCUACUCUGUUAAAUAAAGUACAAUCCCUUAGCUAAGUCACACUUUUUUCUACAUGAUGUUUACAGUAUAUUUGAGGGCUUUCUUGGGUAUUUCCCACAGUUUCUGUCUCACCUCUGACUGUUAGUUAUUUGCCAGAACAGACACAACACUUCCCAACAUCCUGUUUUUCCCCCUGAGCCCUCAGGACUUUCCAGAAAUGUAUUUACUAUUUAUUAAGAUAUUUAUUAACAUACUAUUUAUUUUAAGGUGGUUUAUUUUAUUUCUCUUACAGUA